UUCUUAUCAAAGGCCUAUAAAUUAAGACCCUCGACAGCCCUCCACACAGGGCAUUUGUGACACGAUAGUAACACCCUUCCUACCCAAGAUGAACGCCUUCCUUAUUUUGGCCUGCUUUCUGGGAGCUGCAUCUGCGCAGCUGCACACCCAGUGCCACUCCAACGUUCAGCAGCUGAGAGAAGUGGAAGUCAUUGCUCUUGUUGCAGACAUUAUCGAUCGUAAUGAGGACAACUUCAUCACUGUGCCAGAGUUCGUGGUGGGCUUUGCCGACAUCCUUCAGUACAGCCUGCCAUUUUCCGAGGCCACCAUCUUGGGCAUGACCAAGGACGCCCUGAUCACCCUGGCCGCCAUCGCUGGCGUGUCCAUCAACAGAGACGACUUCGUCAACAAGUGGCACGCGCGUUUUGGAGACAGUCCGGAUUUCGCUCGCGCCACCUUCAACGCCUACGACACCAACAAGGACGGCAAGCUGACUGUGUACGAGAUCGAGGCCAUCUACAACCAGGUGUUGAAUCGCGAAGAUAACGGGGACGGCAGAGUGUCUGCUUCUGAGUUCCGUGCCUACCUUCUGUGGGUGUACGGCCCCGCCUGUUGAAUACAAAGGGAGACCCAAAGCAGUAUAUGAACAGUUUGUUGCCAUCGGUAGUAAAGUCUCUGUAAAAGGAAACACUAAGUGUUGUGAGCCUUGGGCAUUAAACAUCUGGAGAACUUUU